AGGGGAAGAACGGCAGCGAAAGCCGCUGGACCAGUCCUGCCGCCAACUCAAACCUGCAAAACCCGCAGCAGCAGCUGACCCAUAGGCCAUAGGAAGGAGCUUUGGCCUGGACCCUGGAGGGAGCAAGUCGGCGACGGGCAACCCGUAGCGGCGGCGGCGGUGGCGGCGCUAGGGCACGGACCCCUAGCAGGGAGCUGCCGCGGGCGACUAUCUGCAGAAAGGCUGAACCAACGGGGGAGGGCAGCGGGGCCCGAGGACUCGAGGAGGCGGACCGCAGGGGCGGCGGCGAGCGACGGGAGCCCAGCUACCACUGACUGUGCUCCCACGACGGGGAAGAAAGGCGGCACCAAGGCCCAAUAGCCAGUAGCCACUGUUUCUUUGGGAAACUGCAGGAGAGAAGGCCCGGGGAAGAGGGGAGGAGCCGGGAGCGCGAGAGGGGGAUCUCCACUCGGCAACCUGACACACUCGCUCCAAGCGCUCGCCGCACCCGCCGCCAUUUUCUCCGCCGGAUCCUCCGCGCUCCCGCUCCACCCUCCCCGCCGCAGCGCUGCUCCUCCGCCCGCCCGCCCAGUGGAAUGCGGAGAGAUCCACCCGGGAGUCGGCGGAUUAGUUUCUUCCUCUGUUGAUACUUCAAAUGGACUAUUAUGGACUCAGUUUGAUAUCUGAAAAAGAAAGAUCAUAGCUACACUCCCUUUGCGAGACUAAUAGACUAUAAAGAUGCCCCCCUCACCAUCACCUAGGAGAUCUCUGAAAGAAAUCUCCCACACAAGAGGGCAUAGUUUUGUGAGUAUUCUACCUGCUAAAUCGAAGGAUGAUGAACUCACGUUGUUCAAGGAUAUGCAGAAACAUGAGAGGGAUAACUUCUUACUGGAACCAGCAGAGGAUUUUGAUGAAUCCAUCUCAAAACUGAGCUAUUUUCGGGAUUUAAAGCUUGGUGUCAACAUCGCUGCACGGGGAGAAAACCGUGAUUUGCUUAAUGCUGAUGGUGAAAGAAAUGAUUAUGAUUGAUGGAAAAUACUCGAAGGUCUAACAGAAGCAGUGCAAGUCCAAGUAGGCUUAGCCCAUCACCACGCUCAUGUAGCAGCACUGUGUUGACAAGGACUCGAUCAUCAAAUUCGUCUUCACGAAGCAGCCCUGCACUUCAUUUGCAACCAGCAGCACCAUCACGAAGGUCUUCAACUCCUCCAGCUUCUAAGACAUCAACCCCUCCACGAAGGUCACCAAGUCCUGCUUCAAGGAGGUUGAGUACUGGCUCAAGUGACCCAAUUUUAAACAGAAAAGGAGGAACUUCGCCUAUUAAAACCAGUAACAGGUCAUCUUCGCCAAAACUUCAAGGUUGGCAAUCAAGUGACCCUGGUUUCUCUUUUGACGCACCUCCCAAUCUACGCACAUCUCUGUCAGAUCGUCCAGUAUCCCGUUCAAGGGGUGGAUCUCCUUCAUCUUUCAGUGGAUUGGACAUGAAUUGGAGAGGUAGAAGGCAAUCUAUGUCUCCCACUCCAUCAAGAAGAGCCAGUUCAUCGCAUAGCAAUGAUCGAUUCAGCUCGUACAGCAAAGCAUCUGCAACAUCUUCUGCUGAAGAUGAUCUAGAGUCUAUGCAGUCUGUGCCAAUUAGUUACUCCAGUAGUCCAGCCCUAAGAAAGAACUUGUCAGUAAUGAAAUCCAGAACUAUUGCAUCACCUAAGAAGCCAUCCAAGAGUUUCUCCCCUAGUUCUGCUCCAAAGAGGUCCUUCGAUUCUGCAGUCUGGUUGAUGGAUCGUCGCAAAGCUCCUCAAGAUAAGUUCAGGCCACUUCUAUCAAGUGUUCCUUGCACGACAUUUGGUGUUGGCAAAGGAGAUAAUGUACACUCAUCUAUGUUGUCACAUAAUUCCUCACUCACAACAAGCAGUAAUUUAAGCUCUGACCAUGGUGUCACUUUUAGCCCUUGUAUGGGUAAUGAACUAGAACCGAAUGAUAUAGUCGGUGACUGUGAAGCAACACCUAGUUCCUUGAUUCAUGGUGGUAUAUUUAUGUUUGAUCAAUUGGAUGAAGGAUCCAGUGGUCAACAGCACAGUUUGUCUGCUACUCAAAGUGGCCCGAAAUCUCCAAGCACAGAAAAAUAUGUGGAAAGUAACAUAGAGGGCCUCAAUACGGAAAGAAGUAGAAUAGCUCAGACUUCAUGUAAUGUUGCAAGUGGUUCUAAGGCUGGGCAAACUAAAAUGGCAACAUGCACUAGGUGUGGAAAGUUAUUUAAUGCGAUAGAAGAUGAUGGAGAAGUUGAUUUCUGUGAAGAAUGUGGUUUAGAUGAGGUUCUUUUUGUGGACCCCAAGAUAGAGACUUCGGAAGAAGAACAUCGAAAGGAUUACAGAAGUUCUAAACCUUGUGUUGCAUUGGAAGCUCCUCACAUUACUCCAGAUCAUGGUGAACAUAUCAAGAAGUCAUCUCUUGACAGUCAGCUAGUGAAUGAUGAACCUCCAGCUGAUUGUCUGCAAAAGUGUCCUCCAUCUCAGUCAACAAUGGAUACAACCAACAGAAUGCAUGGAGAGAAUGUUACUGAAAAUUUAUGGCCAAAUGACGUUGGCAACUCUUCCCAAGGAAAUAGCCUCGAUAUUUCAUUCCAUCAAUGUAGCAUAAAUAAUCAUCAACAAACGGAACCAGCGUCUGUAGUUGAGUGUGAUAAUUUAAGAGAUCAAACUGCCAACCACCACAAUGAGGUGUUACAAUGCCUGCCAGGGUCAGUGUAUGAAAGUAUUGAAUUUGCCUCUGAUACACUUACCAUUGACAGUUCUUGUAAACAGGGAUCAGCAACGCGUUCAAAUCUAAAGGUUGAAAAUACAGAGGGUGCUGGGAUUUCGGUACUCUUGCUGCAGAAGUCAAGCAGCAACAAAUGGCCUGUUAUAGAAGGGAGACCCUUAGCUGGUACAAACAUUAUCUGUUCAGAACCCUAUUAUACAAGGGAUGGUGUCAGUACGCUGAAGCAUACGAUUGGAUUGGAUAGCUCAUCAGCUUCUUCUUCCAUUGAUCAAGGGUCUACAAGGCAAUCUGGACAUUUGGAACGCCAUAAAAGUAGUAAUCGUCAUGACUUUGAGAAGUCUCAAAUAAGUAGUACCAUGAGUUGUAAAAGCAUUGCAUCCAUGUCAGAUAUGUCAACUAGCACUUGUUCAGUUUCAGUUUGUCCUCGGGGUGAUAGAACUGUAGAUACUGGCUUCCUAACCGACAAUUCAGAAAGCAGUGUUCCAAGAACCAUGAUUUGUACUGAAGAACUUAAUGAGUCGUGUAACUACACACUCUCAAGCGCUAUAGAGUGCUGGUCUGCUGCACAGGCUAUUGUUAAUGUUGACAUUGGUUUAACUGAAGAUGUAAUGAUUCAGAAACAAUGUACAGGUAGGAUGGCUCACAAAGAUAACAUAAGUGAUAACUCAUGUUCAUCAGAUACCGAAACGUGUAGCAAUAUCCCACUCUCUCUGGCUCCUGAGGAAAGUUGCGUACAGAAAAUUGAAGGUACCUCAGUUGGCACUCCAGAACACCCAGAUGAUGAUUGUGGCAUCAAUAGUUACCAAAUGAAGCAUGAAACAAUUCCUGAUCCUAAUGAGGCAAAUAGGUUGGAUGAUGGUUGUGUGUCUGUCAUCUCUGAGGAGGAUGUGUUGAUUCCUGCAGCAGUGGCCAACAUAAUGGAGCUUCCUGGUAAUGAAGAAUCACUGGCUACAGUUGAGGUAUCAAGAGAACAAACUCAGAGAUGCUUCACACUAGAAGAGGCUACCGAUACAAUUCUCUUCUGCAGUUCCAUUGCCCAUGACAUUGCAUACAGGGCUGCAACAAUUGGACUGGAGCAUGAGCAGCAAUCAGAACUUGCUUCUGCUCUCCACCCAACAGUUACCAUGGUAGGACAAUCCAUUCCAAGGAGUGAUGGUUCACUGAAACCACCCCACAGACGAAUGCCAAGACAUAGGAAAAGAUCAGAAGGUGAAACAGUCAAAGAAACUGACAAGAUGGAAGUGGUUGCUAAAGAUCCUGUACUUGUUCGGCCAGUUCCUGAAUUUUCAAGGACAUCAGGCAGCAUGAAGCCUGCAAAGGUCGAAUCAAAGUGCAACUGUGCAAUUAUGUAGAGUUAUCCAUGAACUCAAGUUGGCAAGGAUACUUGUUAUGAUUACUGAAAGCCAUGGUUGCCUGUUAUUAUUUGCACGCAAGUGAGCUAACAUAAAUGAACCUGCACCCACCUGCUUCUGUCAGCAACAGCGACCUACAAUUUUUCUGGUUGUGGUGCAUUUGCUCUUUAUUUUUGAGGUAAUAGAGUGCUCAACGAGCCAUUCUUUUGUAAA